AGCUCUAACUCCACCUCCAUCAAUGCCUUCACCGUGCUUUCCUGGUAAUUCCCCUGUGUUUCACGUUCACUCUCGUUCCAUCAACAAGCCGUACCAAUCAUUUGUUCUCACUUCCGCAAUACAUAGAUAGUGUGUUUCCCCAAUUUCCUAACACACUUUUCCACCCCGAUCACGAUAAAACAGACGCUAUACUCCCCUCUCUCUCGGAGCGUGUCUGUACACGUUUUCCUGCUUCUUUCCGAAGCCGCUCCGAUCCAAUUGGAAUCACUCUUAGUUUUCGUCCCAGAAAUUACUUGAGACUGCGGCUCAGAAUGAAUUCUAGUGAGCUUAACUCAGGUUUCUGAUUGCCCCCAUCAUGUGGCGUUCCUUCUGGAGAUCAAGGGAUCGGUUCUCCUUGGACGAACUCAGGUAUUUAACUGAGCAACUUGCGAAAGUUCAAAUUGUCAAUGAAGUCAACAAGGACUUUGUUAUUGAGGCUCUGAGAUCAAUAGCGGAGUUGAUUACAUAUGGUGACCAGCAUGAUUCGUCUUUUUUUGAGUUUUUCAUGGAGAAGCAAGUCAUGGGGGAGUUUGUACGUGUAUUAAAGAUCAGCAGAACUGUGACUGUUUCGCUUCAGCUGCUGCAGACAAUUAGCAUUAUGAUUCAGAACCUUAAAGGGGAACAUGCUAUAUACUAUAUGUUCAGUAAUGAACACAUGAACUACUUAAUAACUUAUUCAUUUGAUUUCAACAAUGAAGAGUUGCUGUCUUACUACAUAUCCUUCUUGAGAGCAAUAAGUGGAAAGUUGAACAAGAACACGAUCUCUCUGCUUGUGAAGACUCAGAAUGAUGAAGUUGUUUCGUUUCCAUUGUAUGUUGAGGCAAUACGAUAUGCUUUUCAUGAGGAGAACAUGAUCCGCACUGCAGUACGUGCACUGACACUUAAUGUUUAUCAUGUUGGCGAUGAUGGUGUGAAUAGAUAUGUGACCAGUGCCAUUCAUGCGGAUUAUUUUUCAAACUUGGUUACAUUUUUCCAUAAGCAGUGCGUCACUCUAAAUGGAUUGGUCUCUGGUGCUGCGAAAAACCCAGGGCAUGACUCAACGUCUACAAUUCUUGCUGCUGUAGAUGAGAUUGAGGACAAUCUCUACUAUUUUAGUGACGUUAUUUCUGCUGGGAUUCCUGAUGUUGGAAGGUUAAUAACAGACAACAUUUUGCAGAUAUUGAUAUUUCCGUUACUGCUUCCUUCUCUAAGGAUAGAAGCUGUUGAUGAACUACAAAUUGGUGCUAUGACUUCUCUAUAUUUAAUUUGCUGCAUUUUGCACAUUGUCAAGAUCAAAGAUUUAGCAAAUACCAUUGCUGCUGCUCUUUUCUUUCCAGUGGAGGCCUUCAAACAAAACUCUGAAUCUAAACUUAAUGGAUACAUGCCUGGUCCUGGCUUUGUACAUGAAAGCCAACCUCCAGGAGAUGAAAAUCUAAACAAGGUUGAUACCGGGCACGUAACAGUUGAUGUGGCAAACUUGUCUAGCUCUUCACAUAUUCAUGCUGCAGUUAUUGCUCAAAAUGGUUGUAUUGGUUCCCAUUUGUGUUUGAGGGAGGCUCUGCUCUCUUGCCUCUCAAGUGGGGAUGAUGCACUGGUUUUGGGUUGUUUGGGCCUGCUGUCUACCUUGUUGCAAACAAAAGAACUGGAGGAAUCAAUGCUAGACGCCCUUGGAAUUCUUCCUCAACGCAAACAGCACAAGAAACUCCUACUGCAAGCUUUGGUUGGUGAGGGCUUAGGUGAAGAGCAGCUUUUUUCUUCUGAAAGUAGAUCAAUAAGAGAUGGUAUUGGCAGUGAGCUUGAUGGAUAUCUCCAAAAGCUUAAGGAGCAAUAUGGAGUGUUGUAUUAUUCUCCAGAAGUGGAAACAAGCCCUCGUGUACAUAGAUUUCAGGUGCUUGAUGCACUGGUCAACCUCUUUUGCCGUUCAAAUAUAUCUGCAGAGACCUUGUGGGAUGGUGGUUGGCUUUUGCGGCAGUUGCUCCCUUACAGUGAGGCUGAAUUUAAUAGCCAUCACCUUAAUUUGUUGAGGGGUUCAUACAAGAACUGUUCUAGUGCUCUUCAACAAGAAAUUAGAGGACUCUGGCCUGAUCUACUUAUUACAGUCCUUUGUGAUGAGUGGAAGAAGUGCAAAAAAGCAAUUGAAGCCUCGUCUCCUCAGAAAGAGCCCAAGUGCAUUCUCUUGCCAUCACAGAAGUCCUAUUAUAACGAUGUUAUUCCAUCUGAAUCAUCAUUUGCUGCUGGUGAAAGAAUGUGCGAGUUGGUGAAGGUGUUUGUGCUUCUACAUCAACUUCAAAUAUUCUCCCUUGGUAGAGCUUUGCCCGACCAACCUCCUAUAUUUCCACCAGCCAAUUUUCCUGAAAUUUCACGUGCCAAAACUGCUGGUCUUGAUGCUUCAGGUCCAAAGCUUGGCACUGAACUAAGACUUGCUGAUGCUGUGCCAUGUCGAAUUGCAUUUGAAAGGGGUAAAGAGCGUCAUUUUUUCUUUCUAGCGAUCUCUGUGGGCGCAUCUGGGUGGCUUGUGCUUGCAGAAGAAUUACCCCUGAAGCAGCAUUUUGGAGUUGUUCGUGUUGCUGCACCUUUGGCUGGCUCCAAUCCCAAAAUUGAUGAUAAGUAUACAAGAUGGUUACACUUGAGGAUCCGACCAUCCACUUUACCUUUUCUGGAUCCCGUCAAAUCUGGUGCUUAUGGAAAAGUGAAGGCGAAAGCUUUGGUUGAUGGGAGAUGGACCCUUGCGUUCAGGGACGAGGAAUCUUGCAAGUCUGCCUUAUCUAUGAUUCUUGAAGAGACUACGCGACAAAGUGAAGAGGUGGAGAGAAGACUGAAACCUUUAUUUGACCUUGAAAAAUCUGUGGAAUCUUCAAAGCCUUCUGUUAGUCGUCCUCAGGCUUCUUCUUCAGGUGAAACGCCGUUGAAUUCGUGUUAAGUCCCCCAACUACUUUACUUUUUUCCAUUUAUAGUUUGCUUUACUCAUGGGGUGGCAAUAUAUUAUAUCUAAUCACCCUUGUGUAUAGGUUCAGGCAACCUUAGAAAUACCCAAAAAUGUAGAUUAGAACCAGAAUUUAGUUCCAUUCUUUGUAUACUAGGUUCCCUUGCCCUGGUUUGUAUGCUUUCGGCCUUUUUUGCCCUCAUUCUUUGGCAGUUCUAACCCUAGGCCUUUUUUGGAAAAAAAAAAAAAAAAAUUCUUUCUUUCCUUUAUUUGUGAGCUGUGUAAAAACGUUGUAUAUUUGAGGCGAUCCCAUAGUGCAAGCUUCUUUAUUGAUCUCUGCAA